AAACAAACAAGGAAAGACGCGAUUAUACUGUAUGAUUAAAUCACAGUAGUUUAUCUAAGGGCAUUAGUGAGUUAUGAACAUCAAGUGCUUUUCCAAAUGAUUCUGUUCAGUUGAAACGGUAGAUCAUUGCGAGUAAAUGUAGUUUAAUAUUUGUUCAUUGAAAUAGGAGAUAUGAAAGGGGGAAAUUGAGAGCUGGAGAGGGAGGGAGAUAAGAGUAGGGGAUUUGAUUCCAUUUCCAACCUCCCUGCCUUCUUUUGAGAGACACCCACAACCAUAUAAUCAACUAUUUCUACAGCUACAGUCACUGCCAGCCAUAUCAUAGCACUGAAAAAAGAACACAUAUUUUAAGAUUUUUUCUAAAGUAAAAAGGGAGAUUUUACGACAUUUCUAUUUUAUUAUAUAUCGUGACGUUUUACUACAAGGAGAUACAAUGCAUUUUACAUUACAAAAGCGAAAUAAGACGUGGAUGCCAGCUAUCAAUCUGAGCAUCGUGGGAUUGAUGGUUUAUAUUAUGGCCUGCCCUGCGUCCAGUAUGGAUGUGCUGGUCCAUAACCGCAUCAACGUCCUGAACGGCACCAUGGUGAAGAUCCAGUGCAUCUUCACCUCCUGCUACAAGGUGGACGUCAACAAGUUUGCCAUGAACUGGACCUACCAGGAGAACACCAACGAGACUGAGGAGAUGUUCAUGACCUAUAAGAAGGGGAUGAUGCCCAUGCGGACAGACCGGUUCAGUGACCGGGUGCAGUUUGUGGGUAACCUGGAAAAGAACGACUUGUCCAUCACCCUCUCUGAUGUCCAGCUGUCGGACGAGGGAGUCUAUAACUGCUACGUCCGUAACCCCCCUGACCGCAUCCAGGGCCACGGAAUCAUCAACAUGUUUGUCGUCACAGAACUGCCACCCCCGCGGGACUCGACAAUAGCGGUGGCGAUCGGGGCAUCAGUCGGCGGUGCGCUGGCUCUGCUCAUCCUGUCCAUGGUGGUGGUGAAGUGUAUAAGGCGCCACAAGAAACAGGAGCUCAUCUCUGACGAGCAGAAGAUGGAGGAAGAGGGCAAGCUGGAUGCAGAGGGGGGCACCGAGGAGGGAACCAAGAAAGCAUUCCUGCCUGAAGAUGUAUAGCGACCCUUCCUUGAAUCCUUGUCCAGCAUCUGCCUCACCCCACACCCUCUCCUUCCCUCCCCUUGUCCAGCCAAACAAAAUUGCCGCUGUGGGAAGCCCCAGCCGCCAGCCACGCCACCCACGCCACCCACGCCACCCACGCCACCCCUGCCUUUGUCUUCAGUCGGCCAUCUUAUCUUCUCUCUGCUUUGACAAGAAGCCACAAAAGGCGGAGGAGGCGAGUGGACGGCAGCCUCCAAACGACAUUCCUCUUUCCCCUUUUUCCUCGCUUCUAGUCUCUCUUAAAAUACAGACGUAGGACAUGUGAAGUGCAAUGCAGGACAUUUAAAAUGUGUACAGUAUUUGAGGUUUAAAAAGGGUUCUGAAGUAAUAUACACUUGGACAUUUGUAAUUUACACCUGGACAUUUUAGACCUGAUUUUCCCUUUGAAAAAUGUAUCAACUCCUAGAGAAAUAUCAAUUCAUUAGGAUCCACAUAAAAAUUAACAUGUCCUGUCUCUGCAGGAUUAUUUUCCUACUGUAGCAAACUGGCACAAAUUAAAACAGCCGUGAUUACUGGGAAAGAUCCCGCUCUCUCCAUCUCUCUCUCUCUUGCUCUCUCUCUCCCUCCCUCUCUCUCUCUCUCUCUCUACCUCUCUCCCUCUCUCUCUCUACCUCUCUCCCCCUCUCUCUCUCUCUCUCUCUCUCUCUCUCUACCUCUCUCCCUCUCUCUUGCUCUCUCUCUCUCUCUCCCUCCCUCUCUCUCUCUCCCUCUCUCUCUCUCUCUCUCUCUACCUCUCUCCCUCUCUCUUGCUCUCUCUCUCUCUCUCUCUCCCUCUCUCUCUCUCUCUCUACCUCUCUCCCUCUCUUGCUCUCUCUCUCUCUCGCUCUCUGACUCUCUCUCUCUUUUUCCUGCUCUAUCACAUUACUUAGCGAUGCAUAAUGGCUGGGGCAAAAAAAGUUCCCCUGUUUUUUUCUGACAGCUAGUGUGUGUCCAAAAUGACAACCGUUCUGUGUGCGAAUGGUAUGGAUGGAUUGUUUUUGUCUGUGUGUUAGUUUUUUAUGUACAAGGGUAUAAGCUUGUGAAUGACCUUCAGAUGUCACUGCGGGCAGUGUGGGUGUAUACACGUGUGUGAAUAUGCGUUUGAGUGUCCUUAGAGUGUUUGAAGCCAGGGAUGAUUCUAUCAGUCGCCAACCCUUCUGAACCCUUGCUUCACCUCCAAUAUGAUAUUUUAUCCUGUGUUGCUUCCUCAUACUAAGUUACUACUGCAUCAUAUAUUAGCAUGAUAUUUUUUUGCACACAUUAUGACGGGCACAAUUCUGCCUACGAUGAUGGAUGGAUCAUUAAUCUGUUGGUCUUUGAUGAUAUUGUAAUACACAUUGCACAAAAAGCCCAAUCCCCAAAUGAUGUAUCCCCUUUUGUCCGCCUGCAGUAACCCUUGACACUCAAGUGAGCACGCAGACACAUUGACUAUACGCGAACCAACACGUAAGCUUCAACCACCACAUACAAGCCACGUAGCUGAUUUGCACAUCAGAAGUCCACACAAAGAGACCUACACAUACACACAAGCUGAGCACUUUCAGGGAAAACAGAAAAAAAAGUAAGAUAAGAGAAACAUUUCUAUACCGACACAUAUAUUUCGAAGUUUUGUCCUAAUACCAAGUUGUACUCUAGAGGUGUGCUUUGAUUGUUGUCGCUAAUUCAGGUGUGGUCCUCGCCGUCUUAAACGAUCAAUGUUCGAAUGUAUGGGACCUCUCUCCGCUGAGGUAAUUGAUCUGGGAUGUUCUUCGGACGUUACAUAUUUAGCUGAGUGAGUAUUGCACUUGGUUGUGAUUGUAUUUGGGAGACAACGUGAGAUGUAAUUGCUAUACAAUCAAUCGUUCCACGUUCCACCCAUUGCGUUUCAAACUACCUUCAGAGACGUAAGGGCUUUAAUUACAUUAUCAUGAGAGCGUAUGCCAGUCUGUGAAGGAUCGCAAAAAGCAUCCAAAAGGACAGGUAAACGUUGGAAUUGCGAAACAACAUCACAACCGCAAAUGAGUGACAUUAUUUACUGUAGACAAUGUUUGUAACAUGUCGUCUUCAUUUGCUCCUUGUGUCUAAAAGUCUUGGCUUGGUAUUUUUUUUUUCAACAGACAUUGUUGGGGGAGCAGACAGGCUAUGGGAGUGUAGCUGUAGUUAUAUGACUGGGUGCCUCUGGUACUGUCUGAUGUGGUUUAAAGUGCUUAAGCCAGGGGCCACACUGAUUCUGUGCCCAGGAGUGCCCUACCUCAUCUGGAGAUAGUCUCUGCCUGUCUCUGCCUGUCAUUGGCUGUCAUUGGCUGUCUCUGCCUGUCAUUGGCUGUCUUUGGCUGUCAUUGGCUGUCUCUGCCUGUCAUUGGCUGUCUCUGCCUGUCAUUGGCUGUCAUUGGCUGUCUCUGCCUGUCAUUGGCUGUCUCUGCCUGUCAUUGGCUGUCUCUGCCUGUCAUUGGCUGUCUCUGCCUGUCAUUGGCUGUCAUUGGCUGUCUCUGCCUGUCAUUGGCUGCCUUUACGUUAUUCACUGCCAAAGCAUGUUUUCUCUUCUACUUUUUAUUUGUCUCCUCAGAUCUCCUAGCCGUUCUAGUUUUAGAUUUCUCUUGGGUCGAGUAUUGAACUUUGACAUUGUUGAAUUUUGUACCACGCAGUCAUGUGACUUGUACUUUAUGCCAUGACAUGGUGGUUGUUCUAGCUGUGGAAACUGUUGUAGCCAUCAUUGCUUGGUCUUUGGGAAGUUGGCCUGAGUUUGAGGAGCUCACAUCUGAACGAUCAUUAAUUAAACAGUGAAAGGUCAAUGCUGAUCUCUAGCUGUAGGGCGUACACGCUAGACUUACUUAAUGGCUAAUGUAAAUGAAUUCAACUUAUGUGCAAUUGCGAGUGUGGUGUGUAAAUCAGUAUGUAGGGAGUCUGAGACAUCAGCUGGAAUCAGGGUGAAAAAUGAGUCUGGGAAGAUUGUUGCCACAACCAGAGACCACAACUAAGUCACAAUCCGACUUAAUUAUCCAAAGCAACCUCAAGAAUUACAAAUAAUAAUAAUUUAUAUUGUACUGUAAUUUUAUGCACGAACACACACAUCGACACACACUGCUACCGACGGCUAGGGGACAAAGCAAUACAUGUAGCCUGAUGAAACAAACAUCACCUCCGUUUCCCCUGUCACUCACUCUGACGUCUCCGCUGGACUCCUGAAUGCCGGGAUAGCUAGCCGGGAUAGUCCCAGAGUUUUGCGUUCUGACUGUCUGUCUCCGUGUGGUCAUGCAUGUUUUUGCUGCAGUUGUUCCUCUGUGACGCAUGUUUCUAACCAGGCCCCUCUCGCACCGAACACCAGAAAUGCUUGUCUCUAAUAAUGAGCUGUAUUCAUUAUUGUAUUUUGAAAUAAAAAAUGAGCAUAGAAAUAU